CGUGGCAGUGUCGGACAGUACAGCGGCGACGUGCGAGUUAACACCAGCCUCGCCGCGUACGUCCGUGGAUACUUCGAGCUGGACAUGCGAGCCGAGAAUCCGCGCACGGACACCGACCUCCUCCUGAGCUCCUCCGCCUCCCUGCGUAUCUAUGUGCUCACGGACGGACAUCGCGUGAAGCUGAUCUUCAACCGACACGCUGACGCCGUGCACGCUAACAUGUCGCAGUUUGUGAGGGAGGUGGAUGAAGGAGUCGGCGGCAACCUACAGCUACAGCCGGAUUCCUAUCGGCUUCACGAGAAAGAAAAUGGCGGCUACAACGAGCGCUGGACGGACGUGUGUGCGCAUGCGCUGCGUGACGGCGAGCUGCAGGAAGCGUCGGCGGCUCUUCGUCUGCUCGAUCCGGAGCAGUCGUCGCUGCAGCCCGUCUACGAGCGCCACGGCAUGGUGAAGCUCACCAGGUGUCGCUCGAAGCCGACGGCGCUGUACGCGCGCUCGCAAAUUGGCUCGCUAGAGGGCGUGCUGAUCGCCUUCGCCGUCGCGCUGUUCGUCGUCGGCGUGCUGCUCGUGGCGACGAUGUGCUGCAUCGCGCGUCGCUUCCGUAAGAAGCUGUCGCGCGACGCCGACGCCGACGACUACAAGACGGAGCCCGUCAUCUACCAUCCGGCGUCGCUGUACGGAACGCUACCUGUCGGCGGCUUCGUGUACGACCAGCCGACGCCCGCACUGCCCUCUGUCGUGUCGCUGAGCGUCGACGAGCGCAUUUACGAGUGGCAAGAGAAGAGCGUCGAUUUGAACGACGGCGGUUCGCUGAAGGACUACGACCAGGCUGAACCUGACGACAUCGUCCUCUUUCCCUAGUAGAAAGCAAAUGGCGGCCACACACACACACACAAUGGUGGCCCACCCCCUAUAGGAACUAGCGAGGCCGUCAAGGGAGGGGCUCCGUUUACAGAAAGAUCAUAAAUAGUUAGUUAUGGCGACUACUUCCGUGUCCAAAAUGUCGUAAACGUUAUUGUCAUGCGACGCAUGAUCUUUCGUGUGGCUCCAGGAAUGAGAUAAUAGAGGUUAGGUUACUACCUAACUGUACGUGUCACGCCAUCUAAUGCGCCUGGUUUUACCAUAGUCCGAAACGGAAUUCUGUAAAUAUUGAUGCGUGUACACGCGCGCGUGCGUGCGCGUGCGUGCGUGUAGGGGGGUAGGGGGCGUAACAGCUCAGUGAGAUGUGCAAAAGCUUAGAUCUAGUAACCGUAAAUCAGUUCUGUAAGUGAUAGUCGAGAAUCACCGAUAGGUAGACGCGUGCGCGGAUUGUAAUAAAAGUGACAAAUAAUAAAAUGGCGGUUAUAUAUAUACGACAAA